GUCCAUGCUGAGGCCAUUGCAAUCCCCAUUGUCAGGCUUCACUGGAGCCAGCAUAGAAGUAGAAGGUCAGAUCACCUUACCAGUUACCUUGGGGUCGGGUAACAGGACAGUGACCAAACAAAUGAGAUUUGUUGUGGUCGACAUCAAAUGUGUGCAUAAUGCCAUUCUGGGUAGGCCUGGAAUCAACCAGGUCAGGGCUAUUAUUUCCAUGGCACACUUAUGCAUGAAGUUUUACACUCCCAAUGGAAUCGGGGAGGAAAGGGAUGAUCAAAAGAACGCCCGGUCCUGCUACCUGGAAGCAGUCAAGAAGAUGACCCGCCAGUUUGAACAAAUUGAAUUGGUCUCCCAGCAGGUAGACAAGGGUGAGGAGAAGGCUAGGAUUGAGCCGGAUGCAAACACGGAGGAGAUCCAGAUUGAUGCCUCCAAUCCUGAGAGGAAGGUCAAAAUUGGGGCUGAUCUUCAGGAAGAGCUAAGGACUGAGAUUGUCCAAGUGUUGACCAGGUAUAAAUCAUUAUUUGCCUGGAGUGUUGCUGAUAUGCCCGGGAUUGACCGGUCAGUCAUUUGCCAUCGUCUCUCUGUUCUUAAGGGGUCUAGGCCUGUAAGACAGAAGAAGAAAUUUUUGGCAAGUGAUAGGAGGGACUUUGUGAAGAAAGAGGUCAAGGACCUACUUGAG